AUGUUGACUUGCAUAGCGUGCUCGAAGCAGCUGAAUACGAACGGAUCUCUGCCGGAACCGCCGGAGGAGGAUGAAAACGCCGACACGCCGUCGACCAAGCAUGCUAUCAAGGCCCUCACUACUCAGAUCAAGGGCAUGGCAGUAAAGGCAUCUGGUGCAUACAAGAACUGCAAGCCAUGCUCGGGAUCGUCGAGCCGGGAACAAGGCCGGGACUACCUAGACUCGGAUAUUGGCUCAGUAUCCGAGAGGUUUUACGGCUCGUACAGAAGAGCGGGCAGCUCCAACUCCACGCCUCGGCUGAGAGGAAAGGAUUUGGAAGUCAAACUGAGAGCUCUUUCGAGUGGCUCAGCCACGCCAGCUUCAGUUAGCGGUAGAACUGAGUCUGUAUUGUUCAUGGAGGAAGAUGAGCCAAAAGAAUGGGUUGCGCAGGUUGAGCCCGGUGUGUUGAUCACUUUUGUAUCAUUGCCGGAGGGUGGAAAUGAUCUGAAAAGGAUCCGAUUCAGCCGAGACAUUUUUAACAAAUGGCAAGCUCAGAGGUGGUGGGCCGAUAACUAUGACAAAGUAAUGGAAUUGUACAAUGUCCAGAGGUUUAAUCGUCAUGAAGCGCCUAUGCCAACUCCUCCACGAUCCGAAGAUGAGGCCUCAAGACCUGAAUCACUUGAGGAAAGCCCCACGACACCUCCACUCAGCAAAGAAAAUCUACCUCGACAUUUCCAUCGAGCAACAUCAUCCGAGUCAGUUGAGAAACACAAAACGGUACAGUCUAGUCAGCAUCAUGCGCCAGCUGGACUCAAUUCAACUCCCAAAUUGUCCAGCAUCAGCGCCGCCAGGGCUGAGGUGUCGUCUGUUGAUGCCUCUGCACGGUCGAGCUCGUCAAGGGAGAUCGACCACUCGGGAGAGCUCUCUGUUAGCAAUGCCAGUGAUUUAGAAAGUGAGUGGGUCGAGCAAGACGAGCCUGGAGUCUACAUCACCAUCAGGGCCUUGCCAGGUGGCGGUCGGGAGCUUAGGAGGGUGCGGUUCAGCCGAGAACGAUUUGGAGAAAUGCAGGCACGAGUAUGGUGGGAUGAGAACCGAGCCCGAAUUCAACAACAAUACCUGUGA